CCUGGCCGCUGGAGCCUCUCCCGGACAGGUGUGGAGGGGGCGCUGAGCUGGCCCUGGCGGCGGCCGCGGGUGUGCGGCGAGGAGGUGGAUUGAAAUUGAACCAGAAUGGCUGCUGUUAUCUCAGAUAGUCCUCCAAACCCAAGCUGCAAAAUCAUGACUUUUAGGCCUUCGAUGGAUGAAUUCAGGGAAUUCAGCAAAUACUUAGCACACAUGGAAUCACAAGGUGCUCAUAGGGCUGGAGUUGCAAAGGUUAUCCCACCAAAGGAGUGGAAGCCGAGAAAACAUUAUGAUGAUAUUGAAGAUUUAGUGAUUCCUGCUCCAAUUCAACAGAUAGUCACUGGCCAGUCUGGACUUUUCACACAAUACAAUAUUCAGAAAAAACCCAUGACAGUGAAGGAGUUCAAGGAUCUAGCCAACAGUGACAAAUACCGCACUCCAAGAUAUGUAGACUAUGAAGAUCUGGAGCGUAAAUACUGGAAGAACUUGACUUUUGUGGCACCAAUUUAUGGAGCAGAUAUCAAUGGGAGCAUUUAUGAUGAAGGUAUUGAGGAAUGGAAUAUUGCCCAUCUUAAUACAAUAUUAGAUGUUGUAGGAGAAGAAUGUGGAAUUUCUAUCGAGGGUGUAAAUACACCAUAUCUUUAUUUUGGCAUGUGGAAAACAACGUUUGCGUGGCACACUGAAGACAUGGAUCUCUACAGUAUUAAUUAUCUCCAUUUCGGGGAGCCAAAGUCAUGGUAUGCUAUUCCUCCAGAGCAUGGGAAACGGCUUGAAAGACUAGCUCAAGGGUUCUUUCCGAGCAGCUCUCAAGGAUGUGAUGCUUUUCUUCGCCACAAGAUGACUUUGAUUUCUCCGUCAAUAUUGAAAAAGUACGGAAUUCCUUUUGACAAGGUUACACAAGAGGCAGGAGAAUUUAUGAUUACUUUCCCAUAUGGAUACCAUGCAGGGUUUAACCAUGGAUUUAAUUGUGCAGAGUCAACAAACUUUGCCACUGUUCGAUGGAUUGAUUAUGGAAAAGCAGCAAAAUUGUGCACUUGUAGGAGAGACAUGGUGUCAAUAUCCAUGGAUGUCUUUGUGAGGAAGUUUCAACCAGAGAGAUACCAGCUGUGGAAACAGGGCAAGGAUUUAUAUACCAUUGAUCAUACAAAACCAACUCCUGAAUCAACACCUGAAUUGAACAUCUGGCUGCAGAGAAGAAGGAAAAUACAGAACUUUCCCAAGAGCUUCCAGCACACCAGAUCUCGAUCUAAAAAGCUUAAAACUCCAGAGGACAAGAGAGUAUCUGCCAUGGUAGCUGAUGCAAAAAUCAUAGUGACUGAAGCAGCUACUGAUGGCUUCAAGGUCAGUGAAGAACCAGAAAAAAAAGUGAGAGUGGUAAACAUAGGAUUGCCUUCUGGGGAAGAAGAAAACAGCAGUAGAAUGCAUCUGCAUCAGCAUUUAUUGGAUCAUGUCAAGAUUGCAGGAAGCAUCCCUUCUGACUCAGUUUUGAGCCCCGUUCCUGUACUAGAGAAAACAAAAAUGGAAGAUGAAGACAGGAUAGAUUCCAGUCAUUUUUCCUUUUCACUUGAAGAUUCUGUGGCCAGCAAGACAGCUUCUGAUAGAUGUAGAAAAGAAGACAGUUUGAAAUCUCACAAUCAAUAUGCUUCAUCCAUACCGUACAAUAAAGCAGAUGGACAAAUUUCUGAAGCAGAAAAUCCAGAUAGAGAGGAAAGUGUCUUGACAGAGGAUGGUAUCAACAACCUAGAAAAUUCUGGAAGUAGUUUGGAACUUGGACCAGUGCCCUUUGUAAAAAAGGGUGAAGAAGACAGAAUGGAAGUAUCUUGUUCAGAGGAAGUUGAAACAAAGAAAAUAUCUAAGAGUUGGCGUCAUCCACUACAUAAACCCCCAGCUAGAUCUCCAAUGACUUUGGUUAAACAGCAAGCAACUAGUGAUGAAGAGCUGCCUGAGACUACCUUAACUGAAGAGAAAGUUCAAGAGUCAGAGGCAUGGGCCAAGCCUCUGGUCUACCUGUGGCAGACAAGACUACCCAGUUUCAAUGCUGAAAAAGAAUACAAUGCAGCUUGUGCAAAAAAGGAACCUCACUGUGCCAUUUGCACUCUUCUCAUGCCAUACUAUAGGCCAGACAAUCAGGAUGAAGAAAGUCCUACUUUCAGUGAAGCAAACUCAGCAGAAACACUGAUGGCAGAAAAUGUGAAGACUAAACCUCUUAUUCCAGAGAUGUGUUUUAUUUAUAGUGAAGAAAACACCGAAAACUAUCCAUCAAAUGCCUUUGUUGAAGAAGAUGGAACAAGUCUUCUGAUAUCAUGUGCAAAGUGUUGCAUACGGGUUCAUGCAAGUUGCUACGGUGUUCCUUCUCAUGAAAUCCAUAACGAGUGGUUGUGUUCUCGAUGCAGAAAAGAAGCCUGGACAGCUGAAUGUUGUCUCUGCAAUUUGCGAGGUGGUGCAUUAAAGCAGACUACUGACAAAAAGUGGGCACAUGUAAUAUGUGCAAUUGCCAUCCCAGAAGUCAGAUUUGGUAAUGUCACAGAGCGUACUCCGAUAGACACUAGCAGAAUACCCUUGCAAAGAUUAAAAUUGAAAUGUAUUUUCUGCAGGCAGAGAGUUAAGAAAAUCUCUGGUGCCUGCAUUCAGUGUUCAUAUGGACGCUGCCCAGCAUCUUUCCAUGUUACCUGUGCCCAUGCUGCAGGAGUGCUGAUGGAACCUGAUGACUGGCCAUAUGUUGUCUACAUCACAUGUUUCAGGCACAAGAUCAACCAAAAUGUGAGAGCUAAAGUAUGUGGGAAGGCCAUUACAGUUGGGCAGACUGUCAUCACAAAACAUAGAAAUACACGAUACUAUAGUUGCAGAGUCAUAGGAGUGACAUCUCAGCUUUUCUAUGAAGUCAUGUUUGAUGAUGGCUCCUUCAGUCUGGAUACUUUUCCUGAAGACAUUGUAAGCAGAGACUGCCUAAGGCUGGGUCCACCUGCAGAGGGAGAGGUUGUCCAAGUGAAAUGGCCUGAUGGAAAACUGUAUGGUGCAAAGUAUCUGGGAACAAAUACAGCUCACAUGUAUCAGGUGGAGUUUGAAGAUGGUUCUCAAAUAGUAAUGAAGAGAGAAGAAAUAUAUACACUGGAUGAAGAGCUCCCUAAGAGAGUAAAAGCACGUUUAUCUACAGCUUCUGACAUGAGAUUUGAAGACACAUUUUAUGGAGCAGAUGUUAUCUUGGGAGAGAAGAAAAGGCAGAGAGUAUUGAGUUCUCGCUUUAAGAAUGAGUAUGUGGAUGAUCCAGGAUACCGCACCUUCUUAAAAAGCUCAUUCCAAAAGAAAUGCCAGAAGGGACUGUAAAGGAAGCAAGAGAAGAGAAAGGGUUCUUGAUUAAAAAGCAUGCAGCAUUA